UAUACGCUACUGCAAAAAAGAAAUAUUCGCUAUCAUACGAUCCUUCUAACAAGUGUAAACAACGUAAACAAACUUAUCGAAGAAUUUUAUCUCAAAACUAAUUUUUCUGAAGGUACUACCUUUAGGAAUUGCUUGUCUGGUUUAUAUCAUCGUUUGUGGAUGCAUCGUGAGCAUUGUUUCUUCGCAAACAAGAAAAGAAACGAGGGAAAGAAAAGAUAACGGUUUAUCAGUACUGUUUUUUCUAUAGUUCUCAUACCAAAAACUUCUAUAACUUCUAGAUUAUUAACAGAUUCGAACGGAUUUUCAAUCUUGUCACUUAACAUGAUUUAUUAUAAGUGUAUAUGAAACAUUAAACAGAUCUCGACGAUAAAUUUUUUAUUUUUCAUUAGAGUAACAAUAGUGUAGCUAUUAAAAAUAAAUUCACGGAUUUUAAUUCUUUUAAUGAAUAUUCAUUAUAUAUUUUCGUGGUGGCGUGAUACACACCGAAGACGGAUAAAGUUGUUUGCAGUGCGGUCAAGUGAAAAAACCAUUAUAAGAAAGGAUUAUUAGAUAAUUUUUUUAAUCGAAUAAUUUAUCGAAUCUACAAUAAAUAUCGAUUACUAAAAAUAAAUACAUUUUGAAAAUAAUUGAUAAUGAACACUUUAAUGAAUAUAUCGUCGACAUUUUGGUCACCGGACAUAUGGCUACCGCCCAAUAUAACAUGGGAUGAUAUUAAACCGAAUUCAGAAAACAAAUAUGCUGAUUAUCAGCAUUUAAUAUUUCCCUUGCCAAUGGCCUUAAUUCUAUUGGUUAUGAGAUAUACUCUUGAAAGGUAUUGCUUUGCACCCUUUGGCAAAUCGCUUGGUAUAAAAAAUACAAGAUCAAAAAAAGCACCGCCGAAUGAAAUUUUGGAGAAAGCUUAUAGUAGUAAAAAAAUAAAACACAAACAGAUAUUAGCUUUAGCUAAGCAAUUGGAUUGUUCGGAACGACAAAUAGAAAGGUGGCUUAGACUCAGACGUUCUCAAGACAAACCAUCUACUUUAACAAAGUUCUGCGAAAACAAUUGGAGGUGUUCAUAUUAUACAUAUUCAUUCUUUUAUGGCCUUAUUAUUUUAUGGAAUAAACCAUGGCUAUGGGACAUAAAACAAUGUUAUUAUAACUAUCCAUAUCAUUCGGUAACUAAUGAUGUGUGGUGGUAUUAUAUGAUAUCUAUGGCAUUUUACUGGUCAUUGAGUUUGUCACAAUUCUUCGAUGUAAAAAGAAAAGAUUUUUGGCAAAUGUUCGUUCAUCAUAUAGUGACUAUUGUUUUAUUGUGUUUCUCAUGGGUCGCAAAUUUAACAAGAAUCGGUUCAUUAGUCUUAUUAGUACAUGAUUCUGCUGAUAUAUUCCUAGAAGUGGCAAAAAUGGCAAAAUAUGCCAAUUAUCAAAAAUUCUGUGACUUCGUAUUUGUUAUUUUCACAAUAUUAUGGAUUUCUACACGUGUUGGUAUUUUUCCAUUUUGGAUAAUUUAUAGUACAUUGAUUGAAGCACCUAAAAUAGUGCCAAUGUUCCCAGCAUAUUAUGUGUUUAAUACAUUAUUGUGUCUCCUACUUUUGCUUCAUUCGAUUUGGACUUAUGUUAUUAUUAAGAUAGCAUACAAUGCCUUCUAUGCUGGUCAGAUGGAAGGUGAUAUACGAAGUAAUAGCAGUGAAGAUGUUUCAGAUGCCUCUGAGAAUAAUGCAUCUGUUAAUGAUACAACGAACUACAUCAGCAAACGAAGUCCAAGACAAAAGACACACUAACAAAAAAGAUCAACUAGAUAAAAGUCCUAACAUAUAUAAUGUUAAAGAUAAAAAAAGAAAACAAAAAAAUAAUUAGCCUGGCGCUAAAUUAUCAUUCUUCAAACUUAUUCAAGUUAUAAAGUUAUGAUUGUAUCAUUAUAACAAAUCAAAUCAUAACUUUAUUGGGAAUAUCAU